CCGCGCGACGAAGGAGCCCCCGUCGCGACGCCCUCUUCUCACGCGCCGCCCCAGUCGGCCGGGAGAAAUGGCGGAAGACACCCAAGUGCCGAAAAGGUCGCGCACGUCCGGAGGAAGCCCCCGUGAGGACAAACAUGCAUUCACAGCUGGGAUUUCGAUAACGUCAUUGGAAAACCCCUUCUCCGCCGGCGACGACUAUCAAACAAUGGCUCAAGGUGACAGUGAAUCUUCGAGAAAGAAACAGGAAGAAAGGGAAGCUUCCUUUAGGCAGUACAUCAUGGCGAUACUGGUGAAUCUGACUGGCAUAAACUCUGGAUUCAUGUUUGGGUUCUCUGCAAUCUCUCUCCCACAAAUGGGUCAUUUGACUGCGAGUGAGUUAUCUUGGGUUGCGGCCGCCGGGUCCCUCACCACGCCGCUGGGCUGCGUGCUGAGCGGGGUGCUGGCAGACGCCGUGGGCCGCAAGCCCACGCUGCUGCUGACCCAGGCGCCCAGCCUGGUGGGCUGGCUGGUGCUCGCCGCGACGGACGACUUCGCCAGCGUGUGCGCGGCGCGCGCGCUCACAGGGCUCGGCGCCGGCAUGGCCAGCUCGCCGGCCAGGAUCUACGUGGCCGAAGCGACGCAGACGCACCUGCGCGGGACGCUGUCGGCGCUCGGCUCGGUGACCUUGUCGCUGGGGGUGUGCCUGGUGUACCUGCUGGGCUCGCUGGUGCAGUGGCAGGCGGUGGCCGCGGUGAGCGCAGCCGUGCCGGCGGUGUGCCUGGUGGGCCUGCUGUUCGUGCCCGAGUCGCCGGCCUACCUGGCGGGCCGGAGAGACCUAGCCGCGGCCCGGCGCGCGCUGCGCAAGCUCAGGGGAAAUGGUUUCGACAUUGAAAACGAGAUUAAAGAAUUGUCUCUCGGCGUGAAAGAAGUCGUCGAAGGAGAAAGCCGACUCUUGACGAAGUUAAAGACUUUUCGGAGGCCAGCUUUGUACAAACCUUUAGGACUUCUCAUCAUGUACUUCGUCAUUUAUCAGUGUUCGGGCGUGAACGCUGUGACUUUUUACGCUGUCAACAUUUUGAUCGAAGCUACACCGGAGUACGGAGAUGGUUCUUAUUACGUGGCAGUAUCUAUCGGUGUUAUCCGACUCCUUUUCACGAUCUGGACAUGCUACUUGCUAAAAAUUAUGGGACGGAAAACGCUUACCCUAAUAUCCGCUGUUGGAUGCGGAAUAUCGAUGAUCCUGCUGGGUGUGUACAUUCAUUUCACCGCCGGUUGUACUCCUGCCUCGUGCUUCUUCUUGAAGAUAGUGCAGUGGGUACCUGCGAUGCUUCUGAACGUGUUCACUGCGGUGUCCACCGUCGGGUACCUCACUGUGCCAUGGGUCAUGGUCGGAGAGGUUUACCCGCCAGAGGUGCGAGGAUUUGCUGCAGGAUUAUCAUCAUGCAUAUGCUACCUGUUCAUAUUUGCUGUGGUGAAAACAUUCAAACCUCUUGAAGAACUGGUGCAAAUGAAAACCGUCUUCUGGGGAUAUGGAACUAUAUCUCUUUUUGGAAGCGUUUUGUUUUGGUUUUUUCUGCCAGAAACAAAAGGAAAGUCGUUGAAAGAAAUAGAAGCGAUAUUUACAGGUGAACAAACCGAAUAAUAACAUAUACAAUGGUUUAUAUAUUACGAGAGAAUUUCUUUGCACAAUAAACUUGGUAAGUUUAACCCAGAAAUAAAUAUUCAGAUCUAUACUUCAAAAUAAAUACUUAAAAAAUGGUAUUCUCUAAAUUAGAAAAUACCAUGAAAUGUAGUUUAUGAUUUAAAUGUUGCUAGGAAAACUGGUGUACAGAUAAAGUCAACAAAUCAAAUUGAAGUUUGGUUUGUAUAUUAUUUAUUUUAUAUUGUAACGUUAUGUAAGGGCGUACUAGUUGCAUAAAAUGCAGCUCCACAUAAAGAAGCAUUAAAAUUCCUCUUAAUAUAUUUAUUCAGUAUUUUAAACAUUAACGCACAAACAAAAGACAACAACGUGAUUGUGAAUGUAAGUUAAAUUGAAAAUUAUGUGGUGGUCUUGGUCCGUAGGAUAGUCCUAUUUAAUUACAACUAAGGUAUUUAAUUUCAGAGUUUAACAAAAAGUACAUGAAAGUUUUGAAUCACUUGCAAUGUAUUUGGUACAUAUCUAUAGAAUAAGAAUGUACGAAAUGGUUUUAAACAUAUGAUCUACAUAGUUAAAAGAUCGUUUUAUUUUAUAUUUUAAAAAUGCGCACUUAAUUGUCCUUCUCAAAGUAAAGGGUGUAGUUUUAUAAUUCAUAGAGACCUGCAAAUUUCGCUUUUUUUUGCCGCUCUAUAACGCAUACCAGUACACAUUUUAAUGACGUCAUUACAGUAUAUGUGUGAUCCAAUCACGCGCUGUUCGGACACAAGGCAGCAGCCAAUGAACAGAAGACACCGGCUUAUUUAUGCACAAGGGUGUGCAGUUCAGUCUGUGGCUAUAAAAUAUCGCGAAUUUCGCAGGUGCUCAUUAGGUGUGUUUGAGAAAUGCAUUUUACAUAGCAAGGAUUGAGUACAUCUUCCUAUCAACUAAUAUAAGAUAUUGUGCAGGACCGGUGAUUUAUCGCGAAAAGAUAUCGAGACAAGCUGUGCGUUAAAACACUGUGGCAUCGUCUGUGUUUUGGGAUUGGUUGGGAUUCUUUCAGGUGCGUGCCCACUGUCGGCACAAGGAUUACAGCCAAUCUUGUGCGUAAGCUAAUGCGUUUUGAAUGGCCUGGCCAAAUAGGAAGAGCCACGAUUAUUUCGCGGAUUCACUGGGAAGCAAAGUAGACUUGAAACACAUAUACCUCCGCUUCACGUUGAUGGUUGGACUGCAGUCCUCUUGACACGCCCUUGGAGACCCUGAGCCAGUCAUAAACAAAGAGAAGAAAAGGUCACCCAAUCAUGUGUAACCAGCCAAACGAUAUGACAUUGAUAUCAACCAAUGAGCACUUUAAAAAAGCUUACUGGUGUAUAGACAAGUACAGUCCAGCCUGAAGUAAAAUGAAUCCCGUGAAAUAAUCGUGGCUCUACAAAUAGGGCAAUGACUAGGGACCGGAAAAAUUCGCGGGUUCAAUGACCUCUAGGAUGAACUUUAUAGUUCUACGUACACUCGGUCGAAUGUCACUCACUCAUUGGCUGCUGUCUUGUGAAGGUGUCCCAGCGUAGCGGCCUGUGAUUCGAUACAGCUUUGGUUAGGUGUUUCUCACUGGCCCAGAGUCGUCCAGGUGAGUUGUGAGCCCAUAGCAGAGGCAGCACUGAGGUAUAACUAUUUGAAUUUCAGGAUGUCGUGAAAUGAAUCCGCUAAUUUUUCCGGUCUCUAGCAAUGACUUCUCUUGAAAACGGUCUCCAGCAGAAAUUACUGACGCAGAAAUGCCGUAUUGCAAUCUAGUAAGUGAAGAGAUUGUCUCGCGAAAAUUCACUGUCUCUAAAAAUGGUUUAAAUGACUAGGUCAAAGUUAUUUUUGUGAAUUAAUUAUUUGUACUUUGAGUUUCAAAAUUACAUAAUGUACGAGGGAUGACUUGUAUUUUAAAAAGAUUUAACACAUUUUGUAAGUAUAUAAAAAUUCCUUUAUUCUAUUUUUUUUUGUGUUACAGUAAGUUUUAAAUAGAUUUAUAUGAAUAUUUUAACGAUUAACAUUUAAAUUCCAUUUAAGUCAUUCUACACGCAAACGUUUUGUUACGGUACCUUAUUUAUACAAUAUGUGCCUGUUCAACGAGACAGCAGCUAAUCUUGAAAUAUUUGCAAUUAAUUAAUAGGAUUAAUGCGCAGCAACACACAAUUUCACUUAAAAUAGUAAUAAAACCAUUUGAUAAUGAAUAAAAAAACCUUACUAUAAAAACAAUUUUUUAAAAUUUUCCGAAACAUUAACAACAGCCGCGUAGUAAACUAAAUUAGUCACUUCUGACUUACAACGUAAUUUAACCAAAACGUUCAAAGUAAUUGUAAACACGUUAUUUAUUGUAGCACAAGUCACGGGGCCUAAGUUUGCACUGUCUACUUUACGUCACUUAUAGCGUGCAGAGGAUUAUAUACUCUCACAUGUUUCAUAUUCGAUAUGGGGAGCACGUGGUAUUUUUGUAUAAUCCAUGGUUUAAUUAUCGUUUAUAACCUCAUGUGUGUAUAUUAAAGAGUAUAAUAUAGUACACAAACUUCAGAAAAAAAAUUGAAAGAAAAUAAAUAUAUUUAUAAUAUAUUUUAUCAUUAAACUAACUUUAGAUGUAUCAUAUAUAUUUUUUACUUUUUAAUGUAACUCCAUGAACUACCCAUCGGUUAACAUUUCUGCCAGUUCCUUGAAGGACCACAACUGUGUUACAUAGUAAAUAUUUCCAUAUUAUGUAUACCCAGGACUGGAUAAAUUCGCGGUUUCAAUGACCUUUAGGAUGGACUCCACGAUCCUCUACAUAAUCGGACAAAUACCACGUGGUCAUUGCUUACUGACUUAUGAGACUUGUCAGCUGGGAUGCUUCCGAUUCGAUACUUCUUGGUUGAAGGUUUUCAUUCGCUCAAAGUCCUUCAGGUAAAUUGUUAGCCAAUCACAGAAGCAACAUAAAGGUAGGGCCUACUUACUUGUGUUUGGAUUCUAGCAUAACGCGGGGAAAUAAAAUCCGCGAAUGUUUCCGGUCUUUACGUAUAUCAUGUUCUUUAAACGACCUUUCAUUUAGCUAAGUAUCGUUUACUUAUUUUGUUUUUAAUUUUCAUCUCGCUCCCAAAAACGGGUCAGCGGCUAACACAAGCUUCCAAAUUGUGUGCCGGCGUCUCUAAAUCUCGUGUCUGCCUUCGAACCACACAGCGGACCUACGAUCCUGUAACGAAGUCUGAAGGAUCCUUUGUUUAACGAUGCAUCAGUAGGGGCAUGCAGAUUUCGCGAAAAGAUUUCGAAACUAGAUGAAAGUCAAAACACUGUAGCAUCGUCUGUGCUUCGUGAUUAGGUGAAUUUCUCCCAGGUACAUAUCGAUUGUUACAACACCAAUCACAGUGAUUCAGUGCGAGAGCAAACGCGUCCUGAGUGGCUCGGUCAAAUAAGGCAACGACUUCUCUCGCAGACGGCCGCCAAUCACAAGGAAGAAACCACAGGUACGCGUGCAUCUUGUUGCAGUCUAAUACGUAUUCAGAUCUUUUCGCGAAAACCGCCUGCCCCUAUGCAUCAGUAGAGUCCCGGAAAUUUCGCGGAUUCAUUUAGUCGCAAGCUAGAAUGCAAACCUCCACACUGUCGCACUGUGUUCAUGAUUGGACCGCAGUUAUCUGGACACGCCCCUCUACGACCGUGAGCCAACGAUGUCCAGCUAGGAGAGAAGUAAGCGAAUCAGGUAGUGCCAAAUAACAAGGAUAAAAAUGUUCUCGCUAAGAAAUCAACCAAUGGGAAUGUAAACAUGGGUCGAGCACACCUAUAACUUUGAAUUAUAUCCUAAGGCCAGAGGAAUCCGCGAAAUUUCCGGGACUAUAUGCAUCAGUAAUGGACAUGUCCUCACUUCUCGGAAACAGCAAUUGUUUCGAUGUUGGGCUUGAAAAUAUUCUACUGCACAGCUAGCGCGGACGGUCUACGGUCGAUUCUGAGUGUAUGUAUGCGAUAAAUCGACGGGAAAAUCGACCGGACCUGUUUUCGAACUCACGACCUCGCCAGCAUGAACGCGAGGCCGUUUCGUGGUGCAGACCAGACCAGCCCUUGAACAAUUGCGGAUAUCAUUCCAGUUCCCUUCAACACUCACGGCUUCAUGCUGUAGGGCAAACUGCUUCCAUCAAAAGUUAUCCAAACAAUCAUGAUAUUCGUGCACAAAUGUUCCAACGUGGUAAAUACAAAAUUUGAUUAUAAUGGAUUGUUUUAAAAAAUUACCGUCUUCAAUUCCGGAACAUCUACUGUUUGCAAUUGCUUGCAUUAUUUAUUUAGUGUAGGGAUAAUUAAAAGUAAUUUAAAAUUUAAAAAAAAUCUGGGAAAUUUUGACCAUUUGUAAUAUGACUAAAUUAUCUCUAAACGUGACUUCGUUUUCAGUUAGUUUUUAUAACACUGUUUGGGGGCUAACGAAAGAUCGCUUUUCAAUGUUUCCAUGAAAAUAAAUUUGGCAAAUCUGCGACUCAGAGUCAGACGAGCAUAAGUGCAAAAUUGGCGAAUUUAAUUAUUACAGAAUAUGUCUUAAGAGUUCAUUUUCAAUCGGAUCAUAACAACGCAAUUCACUCAAAAACGUAACAUAAGUCCAGAUAUAAUGUGUUGUAACUCUUGCUGUUGGGAAAUGUCCCCCAUUAGAAAGCUAUUAAUUACAAAUUAUUUCUUGCGUUACAAGCAUAUGGAAGUUGGUGGAAAACAAAGUGUCAACGAAAGAGCAGGGUUUUUUUACUCUCCUGUGAAGUUGCUGAACUGUUGCUUAAGCACGUUUGGUUAUGAUCUACCAAAAUUACUUAAAACAUAUUUUAUGAUUCUAUCACUCUAUCAAAGUUUAAUAUCUGACAGAAAAAAACUUAAAUGUUUUUUUAUUUUUACAUAUUUCAAAAUUAUAAUAGUUAUUCACCUUGCUGAAUGGAAAAUUCGAACAUGUUAUGAGUCAUGAUUUAUCUAACCAUUUAAAACAAAUCUAAUAUUUAAUAAACCAUAUUGUUGAUGUGAAAUAAAAUAAAUAGUCUGUGAUAAUUGUAAUUAUUUAGACGUUGUUAAUUUUUAAAGCAUAAUAACUUUACAUGCAACGUUAAUAUAAUCAUAUUUUACAUUCCCAACCAUUUUUAUCUCUCAUAAGUCCUUUGUAAUAUUGAAUAUUUGUUAAGGCAUAGGACAGAUUGACUGAUUCCAUACAAAAUACAGCGUAUUGUAGAACCUGUCCUAUAUACAAAAUAUUUAAUGGAAACUAAAGGAAAUAAUUCAUUUGCUAAACAGAAAUUCCUGUGAUAUUGACAUUUUCAGUAUCGUCUUGAACUCUGACCAAUUAGCUUGAAACGAGUGGGAAGUUAAGUUUGUCCCUGCAGCAUGGUUUAUGCAAAUAGUAAAUAAAAAAUAAACCAUUGGACAUGUUUUUAACUAAGAAACGGAAUUAUUAUCUGAAACAAAAAUGGGGAGUAUUUAAUGACGUAUCGUUGAAUAUUGGUAAACUAUGUUUCUAUUGUGUUUUUUUGUUAAAAUGUUUUAAUAUAUUUUUUUUUAUUUUCAACUAAUAAUGUGGUACGAUAAUGUGUAUUUCAAUUGAUUCAUUUCUGUUGAUUUUAUUGUUUGUUAAGUUUUAAAAAAUUAGAAUUUUAAAAUUUUAAUUUAAAUUUGCUUUAAUAACUUCUGGGUGAUAAUUGAGUUGUAAUACUGAUGUAAAACAAAUUUUUGGCCAUUAAAAUGAUAAUUGAUGGGUUUGUUUAUCAGAGAGUUAAUAAAUUUGAAGAAUUUUUAUAAAAAUUUGGUUAUUGAUCUGUAUGUAUCGCUCAAGUAAGUGUAAUAAUUGUAAUCACUACUCUUACAAAUUUUGUAUACAUUCCUUAAAACAAUGCUAUGCAUAUUUUGAUAAACCUCAAGACAUUUUUAUGUAACAUAAACACAUAAGAGGAAAAAUGUUCCUGCGAUGUUUGUAUUACAAAAAGAUGUAAUAGAAUUGCAAUGUGUGGGUUUUGCAUUUAAAGAUAACAGUUCUUGUUAAAUUGUGUGUUUUAUACCAAAAUAAUGUUUCAUUACAUUGAUCACUAUAUACAUCACAUAUAUCAGUUAAAGCACGCUUUAAAGUAAAAUAUAUAUUUGGAAUAUGAUUUAGAUGUUGUUUGUAUGUUUUAUGCUUGUUAAUAAAGGCACAAUCGGUUU